AUGGCCUUCUGCGACGUUACGAACCACCGCAACGACGGCACCGUGCACGGGGCAGCCCCUGCUAAAAAAUUCGGCUGCGGCGACGGCGGCACAAAGCGCUAUCACAACGCCUACAACGCCUGCGACCAAAAUUACUGGCGUGACGUGCAUGGCUACGACUCGCGGGACGACGGAUGCACGAGGCGCGAUGAAGACAGCUACUGCGAGCGUCGGACCCGAGGCUACGACCGGGAGCGCUCGCGCUCGCGCUCGCGAUCACGGUCGCGAUCGCGGUCGCGAUCGCAGUCGCGGUCGCCGGUGGUGCGGCCGGCGUCGCCGCCGCCGCGCCAGCCCACGGCUACCCCCAGCACAACUGCUGCAGCUCUCGUGCACAAGGCGGUGUUGGCAAACGAGUUUCCCGCCAAGGCGUGCCCACUCUCGUACCGGUUGCCGCUCUACGAGAAGAUAGCGAAAGAGGCGGAAGCGGCCGGCGACCAGGCCGGCGCCGAUGCACUCCGCCAGGAGUGUAAGGACUGCUGCCGUAAGACAAAAAACAAGUUUCUGUCGGACAAGGCGCUGUUUUCGCACCUCGGAGCUAACUCGGACGACAAUCAUUUCUUCCACGGCAUCGCCUUACAGGCCAUGGCGCAACGAAUUGCGGAGGGCCCACUCGGCCCGAAAGGAGAAAGUCACUUGUUUCCCUCGACGAACGUAUCGGCGCAGAACAUCAGGAACAGAUUUCCGGAACUCAUGAUGAUGCGGGCUCGCCGGGCACGCCUUGCAUCCGCGACGACGCACAAAUGCACGUCACAAAUGCGUGGCAGGUCGGGAUUAUCCGCGACGACGCCACAAAUGCAGUGGCGGGCCGCCACCGACGCGCUGGGCCGCACCUACUACUACAGUAGCACGGGCCAGACGAGCUGGACGCGGCCGACCGGUCUCGUCACACCAUAA